AUGCCAAGUCGUGUCACCCCACACAUACAGUUCAAAACAUACCUAAAGGAGAACACAUCAGAGCGAGAAGAAAUUGUAGCCAACAAGAAACUUAUGAAAUUGAGGCUGGUCUGGGUCAUCCUGUGCAGGAGAUACCUUUCGAAGGGUCUGCAUUCCCUUUGGCUUUGUCUCUUGUUGCAGGCCAUAAUGCUUGGCCAAUGGGCUAGCACUCGUCGAGACCUCUUCUCUGAGGAGUUUUUUGUCAUCUUUUCCAAGCUUCAUGUUAAAGUCACCCCACGUUGCUGGGAAUACACUGCUCUGAGAAGAGCCUUCGGAAAGGACUAUGGUUGCUUUUUGAAGUUCAGCAGUAGGGAUCCUGUAGGAUCUGGUUGUGUGGCCCAGGUAUAUAAGGCCUAUGCAGACCUAUCUGUUGGACACAAGGUGGACUCCCAAUCUCUAGUAGAGCAUAUAGAGCGGGACUCUGCAUACGAAGCGUGGGAGGUAACAGGGCUUCAUGGAAUUUUUGGCCAUUUGAAGAACAGGAGGACACCUAUCCAAAGUUCUCCAAAAGAUCAUCAACCAUUACCUUCUCUAAUUGGAGGAUCAGAGGAAGGUUCAGGUCAUGUAGUCCCAGUGGCUGUGAAAGUCCUACAUCCAGGUUUUGGCCAGCAAAAGAAGAUGGACCUUCUCAUCAUGAAGACCUGCAGCAAAUUACUUAGUCUGAUCCCCGGUUUCAGGUACAUUGUAGAGGAGUUUGAGAAAUUAAUGACCCAACAAAUAGAGCUCCCUUAUGAAGCCAGGAACUUAGAAAUGUUUCAACAGAAGUUUGAUAAAAUGGAGUUUGUAAAAUUUCCCAUUCUCCUACGACUCUUUGUAACAAGGAACAUCUUGGUGGAGACCUUCGAGACGAUUGAGACGCAAGGAUGCGAAAUUUCGUCUAAGUGUUACUCCAGAAGAACGACUGAUGGUCACUCUGAGCUGGCAGUAGGACUGGGAGUUGAGCGUUUGCUAAAAAUGGUGUUUAAUACACUCAGUCCGCCGUUUCUGGCCACUGGUGAAAGUUUUUCCAGUCUUCAUUUUCAAUUUCGACUUGGAAAAUCUACAAUUUCUUACAUAGUUAAAGAUACCUGCCAGACAAUAUGGAAUCUUCUGCGUGAAGAAUGUAUUCCCCCUCCUACUUGCCAGCAGUGGCGUAGAGUCGACCAGUAUGCAUCGGUCUACCUACAUUUAUUGCCUUUGUUUCUCUAUAAAAUUCACCAAAAGGUGAAACUAGAGAAUAACUUUGCAUCUAUCGUUUUUGCCAUUUUGGUCUUGGAAGGACUUGGACGCUCUCUGGACCCGGAGAUUAACAUACUGGAGGCAGCCAAACCUUUACUGUUAAAGAGUGCUGCGUCUCUUAUAUAG